CGUCCACACCGUAAAGUUAGUGCUUGGCAACAAUGGAUGCUCCUUUCUUGCUGCAGUGAAAAGUGCGGUCGGCAGCUCCCACAAAACCUCCAUUCUCCUCUCCCUUUCUCCAGCUCCCUUUCUCUGCUUGUACCCGUCAUCCUCCUGCUCAACAGUCCGCGGUCGGGCUGUAGCAGCUAGGUUGCCCAUUGUCAGAAACAAUGUCGAAGCCACAGAGUGCCAACGGCAGCGAGUCCGAAUUUGAGUUUAUCGAGACUCCCAAGGCUCCCACGCCGACUUUUGAGAAGUUUGAAGAUUGCGGUGUCCGCACAACUUCGUACCCCACCAUCAAAAAUGCUCCUCUGCCUGCCGACGGUGCUGGUACCGACAGCUUCUCCAACCUCUUGCUUUUCUCCAUCCUCGGCGGCGUGCCCCUCUGGCUGUCAUGGAAGGUCGGCGGCGGACUGAAGCUGGCCUUCUUCUUUGCCAUCUUCACCACCCUCCCCUUGCUUGCCGCCUUCUGGAUCAUCUUCUCCACCAUCUCGCCUCGCAAGAACGAGAAGGCCAGAUUCCCCGGCCGCCCUGUUGAGCACUAUCUCACCUUCAAGAAUCCUGCCGACCAGGCAAAGUACCAUGGCCGGAACAAGAUUCCCAUGGAAACGUUCUACGAGAUGUACUUUGACGGUGAUGUCGAGUUCAAUGGCGAUGCGCUCGAGGUGCUGGAGUAUCGCCACGACUGGGCUAGCUUCCGCUUCACGUAUGGCCUGAUCAAGUACUUUUUGACCGGCUUUAUUCCGGAGGCCAUCAUGCACACCCGGUCGCAAGACGAGGAGCAGGUUCGCGACCACUACGACCGAGGCGACGAUUUCUACGCCUGGUUCCUCGGCCCACGCAUGAUCUACACCUCGGGUGUCAUCAGUGACAUCAACAGGGAGGAGACCCUGGAGGAGAUUCAGGACAACAAGCUCGCCAUUGUCUGCGAGAAGAUUGCUCUGAAGGAGGGUGAGCGUUUGCUCGAUAUCGGAUGCGGCUGGGGCACCCUCGCCCGCUUUGCCAGUGUCAACUACGGCGCCAAGGCCACCGGUAUUACGCUCGGCCGGAACCAGACUGCCUGGGGUAACUCGGCGCUGCGCAAGGCCGGCAUUCCCGAGGAGCAGAGCAAGAUUCUGUGCAUGGACUACCGUGACAUUCCAGUGCCCGAGGGCGGCUACAACAAGAUUACCUGCCUUGAGAUGGCCGAGCACGUCGGCGUCCGGCACUUCCAAGCCUUCAUGAAGCAGGUCUGUGACAUGAUGGAUGACGACGGCGUUUUCUUCCUCCAGAUCGCUGGUCUGCGCAAGAGCUGGCAGUACGAGGACUUGAUCUGGGGUCUCUUCAUGAACAAAUAUGUCUUCCCGGGAGCUGACGCUUCAACCCCCCUCGGCUGGUUUAUCGACAAGAUUGAGGCCGCGGGAUUCGAGGUCAAGUCCAUCGACACGAUUGGCGUGCACUACUCGGCCACCAUCUGGAGAUGGUACAGGAACUGGAUGGCCAACCGUGACAAGGUUGAGGCCAAGUACGGCAAGAGGUGGUUCCGCAUCUGGGAGUUUUUCCUUGCCUACUCCACCAUUGCCUCUCGCCAGGGUACCGCCACCUGCUACCAGAUUGUGCUGCACAAGAACAUCAACUCGUUCCACCGUGUCGAGGGCAUCCCCACUCAGUACGGCCUUAGUGGUGCGAGAGCUGUCACCAAAGCCGACAUGCAGGCAUGGGUCAAGGCCAAUGCUGCUGAAUUCCCCAGCGUCCCCGUUCAGUAAACUUUGCCUUGCAUGGACAUAGGAUAGACAUGAAGAUACCCUGGGAGGUCUCAGCUUGCAGUCGAGUCGUUUGAGAACGGCGAGUAAUGUGGAUGGUAAAAGCUGUUUUCUGCCGACCUCGGUCGCGGUGACAGCGCUUCCAAAGGAAUCUAAACUAGAUGUAUAUCAAGGAAGAAUAGAGAUGAGGUAGCCUCUUUCGCCUAAUGGGCGGUGAGGCAGUUGUCAGUAUAGGCAUUUCCUACCACUACGUCGACCAGUAAAUGCCUCGGAACUG